ACGAUAGUACCUGGACGGCUGGACCCAACAUACCGAAUCCGACGCUCCAUCGAGUGUGUGCGGUGGCGGCGGGAGGAGACGAAAGAGAAAUAUGCAGGCGGUGGCACGGGCGGCGCGUGGGCUCGCGGCUGCGGCGGUGGCACGGGCGGCGCGUGGGCUCGCGGCUGCGGCUGCGGCUGCGCGGCCGUCGGUGAUGGAGGCAGGGCACAGCGGGCAGGUGCAGCAAGCUCGGGGCAUCGUGGUGCAGGUGAGGGACGGGAAUCUGGAGCCGGCGCUGUCGAUCAUGGAGCGCAAGAUGCGGUCCAGCGGCACGGAGCGCCUCAUCCGGGCGCACACCCUUCUCGACAUCAAGGACUCGGAGAACCGCUUGCUCGCGCUUAAGGAGCUUAUGCAGCGUGUCCGUUCCCAGGAGCUCAUGCUCCGCAAGAUCGUCAUCAAGCAGAUCAGAACCAUGGAGGAGGAUAAUGCAGACUGGUGCGAUGAAAAUGUUAAGAUAGCUUGUGAAAUAUUUGCUGAGGAAGUAAGAGCAAAGAACAGAUCAGGUUCUCACUUAAACAAGCUUGGGUACAACAAUGUAAUGGUCAAGUUCAAAGAGAGGACAGGGAAAACUUACAGCGAGCUACAGUUCAAAAAUAAAUGGGACAAGCUGAAAAAAGAUUAUAGUAAUUGGAAACAAUUGGGAAAAGAGACAGGAUGUGGUUGGGACCCUAACAAGAAGUUGUAUGUUGCUCCAGAUUGGUGGUGGGAGAAGGCAAACAUACAAUUCAAAGGCAUUAGCAAGUUUAAAGACAAGUCACUUCAAAAUGCAGAAGAAUUGAGUGUCAUGUUUGAAGAUCUUCGGAACACCGGUGAUGAUCACUGGGUCCCAACCAGUGGUGAGCUACCCCAAGACACUGAAGCACAAAUACACGAUGCCAUCAACAUUGAAGAUGAAAAUGCUAGUGAUUGUGGGGAAGACACACCAUCUAGUUCCACAUCCAAGAGACGUCGUGUGGUUGUGACAGAUAAAGGUAAAAAACCGAAGACUACGGGAGGACAAUGGAUGCAAGACCAGAUGUCUAAACUUUUUGAAUUGAAUAAGCAGACAACAACAUCUUGUGAGUCUAUGGUCCUGGCAAGAACACAAGAGACACCUGGAUCUUCUAUAAAAGAUGUUAUGCAAUUAGAUAAAGGUAAAAAACCGAAGACUACGGGAGGACAAUGGAUGCAAGACCAAAUGUCUAAACUUGUUGAAUUGAAUAAGCAGACAACAUCUUGUGAGUCUAUGUUCCUGGCAAGAACACAAGAGACACCUGGAUCUUCCAUAAAAGAUGUUAUGCAAUUGGUGAAGGCAUGUGGUGCUAUAGCUGGCAGCAAAGAGCACUUCAUUGCAACUCAAGUCUUUACAAAAAAAAAUGAAAGAGAAAUGUUCUUGACUUUGGAUACACCCGAGGAGCGCUUUCAGUGGUUAUCAAUGAAGUAUGAAUGGAUGACAAUGAACAAGAAGGGCUAGUUAGAGCUACUUUGUUAUGCAUUUAUCGUGUCAUUUUUUGUUUUUACCUUACCAAACUUAUCUAUUAGAAUAAAUUCAAACAUUCUGGGGAAACAAUUAGUAGAAAAUUUAUGGAAAUUUUCUGUUGUGUGGUGGGCAUGUCCAACCAAUAUACAAGGCCUAAAGAUCCAAACUUUCGUAAUGUGCACGAUAGGAUAAGAAAUGAUCCAAGGAUAUGGCCACACUUUAAAGAUUGCAUUGGAGCCAUUGAUGGGACUCAUAUUUGUGCAAAUCCACCUCCACAAGAUUUUCUUAGGUACCUAGGAAGAUCUGGUAAAGCAACACAAAAUGUGAUGGCAGUUGUUGAUUUUGACAUGCGUUUCACCUUUGCCUCUAUUGGUCAACCUGGUUCCAUGCAUGAUACAAGUGUUCUCUAUAAUGCUCUACAAAUAGAUGAAGAUAUCUUCCCACAUCCACCUCUGGGGAAAUAUUAUGUUGUUGAUGCUGGAUAUUCGAAUAGACCUGGAUACUUAUCACCAUAUAAAGGUCAAAGGUACCACGUUCCAGAGUGGAGAAGAGGCCCGGCUCCUAGUGGCGAGCAAGAGAUGUUCAACCAUUUGCACUCAAGUCUUCGCAAUGUUGUUGAGCGUGUAUUUGGUGUAUGGAAGAUGAAAUGGAGAAUUCUUCUCAACAUGCCAAAAUAUCCAAUGGUAAAGCAAAAGAUGAUUGUUGCAGCUACCAUGUGUCUCCACAACUUUAUUCGUCAACAUCAUGCACUUGACAAGGAUUUUGAGAGAUGUGACCGAGACCAAGAUUAUGUGCCCACUAUACCAGCAAGGUAUAGGAACCAAGCCCUUUCUCAAAGUUUAUUGGAUACCACAUCACAUGCUAAUGACAGGACAAUGGACAGAUUCCGUGAUGAUCUUGCUCUUGCUAUUAGUUCAUCUAGGGCAUAAGCUUAAGGAUAUUUGGAUUUUAUUUUAGCCUCCUUUUGGGCAUGUGGUUGUAUUUUGUUGGACCUUAAUGAACAAUAAUGGAUGCAUCCUGCCCCGUUGUUCCCUUUCGAUC